CCGCCCGCAGGGUCCACCCCCCCCCCCGGCGCUGGCAGCAGCCCGGGGGCGGGGGAGCUGCUCCCCUCCUCCGCCGCCGCCGCCCGGGGCUGGACGCGGAGCCAUGGAAGAGGAGCCUCCUCGUUGGAGGGGCUGAGGCGGGUUUGGGUUUCGUGUGAUUGCGGACUGGCUGCCCCAUGCGGGCUCCGUCCCCCGCCACCACUCGCCGCCGCUGCUGCCCGCGUCGGGAUGGAGGCGCCUGGCUACCGCCGGCGGCAGCUCCCCGUUCUGCUGCUGUGUGUUAAUGGUGUUAUGACGCUUGGAUUCACAGGUGCAUGUCAACGGACUAAUGUCUGCAAUGAAUCUCUCAUGUUAGAAAAAUUGCCUGCCUGUGGAAAGUUCUUUGAAGACAUGAUGAAGAAAGUGGACUCUAAAAAAUGGUGCAACCUGACAGAAUUUAUCAUGUAUUAUGACAACUUUACUCAGUGUACAGAACAUGAAGCCAAGAAUGCGAGUUGCUUUUGGCCAAAUCCCCUCACAGAAGGCUUUAUUACUGGAAUUCAUAAACAGUUUUUUUCAAACUGUACUUCAGAAAAGGUUCACUGGGAAGAUCCACCGGAUGAAAUUCUCAUAACGCUCAUCUUGAUCCCAGUCAUGUUGACAUGUGCCAUGAUAACCCUGGUAGUAUGGUGUAGCAAGAGAAGUGAUAUCCUGGUGUAAGUUGUUCCUCUGGACUUUCUUUUUCUCCAUUUCCUUCUUACAAAAACUCUUAAGAAAGGAGGAUGAAUGGCGAAACUCAACAUAAGUAUUUCAAAUCUGCUGAAAUGGAACUUGUGAGAUACUGAGACAGAGACAAGGCUUCUGAGAACAAAGACUGUCUGCUGCUGAAAGUCACUGUUUCUGAGCUUGGUUGUCAACAUUACUGGUGCAAAGCUCUCUGCUUCCAUCAGGCCUCAUCAUCACGGAAUUCACAGGCAGCUCGUGUAUGUAUGCAUGGUGUAACACUGACUGCGGAGGACAUGAUAUCUAUUGGGUUUUUGUGCAGGACACUCGAGGUUUUCAUCUGUGAACCUUGUGGCUUGGAUAGAUGACUGGCAAAGGAACUGAACAUAGAUGUAACCAAGUGGCAGCUUUUCCUGGAAGCUAAUAAGGAACAUUAUCAAGAACUCGAAGUAUUGUCCUGGCAAAGAAACAAUUUAUGUGUCCAGUGACUAUCUCCACAGGGAAAUUAUCAUGCCACGUUAUAAAACAGUUUAUAAAAUGCUUUUAAGCAUGGCUAUUUGGAAUUGUAUGUCUUGCAAACAAACUCUGGGAAGAUAUACAGGUCUUAUUUUACAGAGCAGGAAAAUGUGAGAAAAAAAAUGUUUGAUUAUAAAUAUACUAAGGAACUUUCAUAUGCCAGACUUUUUGUUUUUCCUAUUCUAUAAUGACUGUUCUAAAUGACUUGCGUUCACUGUAUACUCCCCGCUCUCACUUCUCUUUGUGCAAGGGAUAUCCUACAAAUAAAUAUAAAGGUGUCAUGCUGAUUGAGGUGCCUUUCAGAGUUCAAGUUUGUACAUAAAUAAUUCUUCAUCCCAUGUAGAGUUUGGGAACUAAAGUAUGAACAUUAAAGAUUGGAACAGACACAGGAGGAAAGAGAAAAAAUUCUACUCAGAAAUCUUAUUGUAUAAAGCUAUUCCUAUGUAACAAUUUAAAUAAAUAUCAUAUGCCCAAAGUAAAACAA